AUGAUGACGUCAAGCUUUGUUCUCAUGACGUUUGCGAUAUGUGAACUGAUCAUAGCGGUUGGUCCGAGCGAGCUCCUCCGCAUCGGAGCCAUAGAUGUCGACGGUCACUUCAGCUUCCACCCUGCCGACUUAGCCUCGGUCUCGUCGGACUUCGGUAUGUUGAAGUCGCCGGAGAAACCAUUGGCCGUGUUCCAACCAUCCUCAACCGAAGACGUGGCACGUCUCGUAAGAACAGCUUACGGUUCAGCCACGGCGUUUCCGGUCUCAGCCAGAGGCCACGGCCAUUCCAUAAACGGACAAGCCGCGGUCGGGAGGAACGGAGUGGUGGUUGAGAUGAACCACCGUGAAUCCGGAACGCCGGAGCCACUUGUCCGACCAGAGGAAAUGUAUGUAGACGUUUGGGGUGGAGAGUUAUGGGUCGAUGUGUUGACGAAAACAUUGGAACAUGGCUUAGCACCAAAGUCAUGGACUGAUUACUUGUAUCUAUCCGUUGGUGGUACACUCUCCAAUGCAGGAAUUAGUGGUCAAGCUUUUCACCAUGGUCCUCAGAUUAGUAACGUCCUUGAGCUAGACGUUGUUACUGGGAAAGGAGAAGUAAUGAGAUGCUCAGAAGAAGAGAACACAAGGUUGUUCCAUGGAGUUCUUGGUGGGUUAGGUCAAUUUGGGAUCAUUACACGAGCAAGAAUCUCUCUCGAACCUGCUCCCCAAAGGGUGAGAUGGAUAAGAGUGUUAUAUUCGAGCUUUAAGGUGUUUACGGAAGACCAAGAGUACUUAAUAUCAAUGCAUGGUCAAUUAAAAUUUGAUUACGUGGAAGGUUUUGUGAUUGUUGACGAAGGUCUAGUCAACAAUUGGAGAUCUUCUUUCUUCUCUCCUCGUAACCCCGUUAAGAUUUCCUCCGUUAGUUCUAACGGCUCCGUUUUGUAUUGCCUUGAGAUUACCAAGAACUACCACGACUCCGACUCCGAAACCGUCGAUCAGGAAAUAGAGGUUUUGAUGAAGAAAUUGAAUUUCAUACCGACAUCGGUAUUCACGACUGAUUUGCAAUAUGUGGAUUUUCUAGACCGGGUUCACAAGGCUGAAUUGAAACUCCGGUCCAAGAAUUUAUGGGAGGUUCCACACCCAUGGCUCAAUCUCUUCGUACCAAAAUCAAGAAUCUCUGAUUUCGACAAAGGAGUUUUCAAGGGCAUUUUGGGAAAUAAAACAAGUGGCCCAAUCCUAAUCUACCCAAUGAACAAAGACAAAUGGGACGAGAGGAGCUCAGCCGUGACGCCGGACGAGGAAGUUUUCUAUCUGGUGGCUUUACUGAGAUCAGCUUUAACGGACGGCGAGGAGACUCAGAAGCUAGAGUAUCUAAAAGAUCAGAACCGUAAGAUCUUGGAGUUCUGUGAACAAGCCAAGAUCAAUGUGAAGCAGUAUCUUCCUCACCACGAAACACAGGAAGAGUGGGUUGAUCAUUUUGGGGACAAGUGGGAUCGGUUUAGAAGCAUGAAGGCUGAGUUCGAUCCGCGACACAUACUCGCUACUGGUCAGAGAAUCUUUCGAAACCCGUCUUUGUUUCCGCCAUCGUCUUCUUCGUCAUCAGCUUCAUGGUGA